AUGUGGAGGUGGCGGCUGUGUGACGGCCUAGAGGUCGUUGGCUUACCGGUGACUUUCGGCCUCUCAAGACGUUGCUGCCAUUCAAAUUGUCCUCAGCCACCCUCAUGGGUCUUGCAGCUGCGCAGUGAUGCCAAGGAGUCCAAGACGGCCAGUUCAUACGACGUGAAAAUAUACGACGAACUCGCGUGGCGAAAGAUGCGGUUCAUUUUUGACAAGGAACUCUGGGACCCGGCGCGGAUGAGUAGCAUUUUGCGCCGGCGGCUGUGCCUUGGCAAUGAAGAGGCUGAAUACACCAUCAUUGGUGAGGCCUUUGCAUUUCCAGAUCGUGAGGAUGCUCCCGUCGUGAAUGAGCCGCAGCACGCAUGCCGGUUGCUUUGGGACCACAACAGUCCUUCAGAGAAACUGCUUGUGCAGCUGUCAGAGCACUUUCCGCCACUGCUGUGGCACGCGGUUCGACCUUCCCUGGAUUCAUUAAAACGCAUUUUCAGCGAGUUUUUGGAAGUAGAUGCUCAGCACAUGAAGAAGCAUCUCCCCUACUACGAGUCCGUACAAAACUCAAUUGAGACGGCGACGAAGGAGACACUUAGCGGAACACUCAGCCCUGUCAGUAUCAAGGAUCGUUUUGUCGAGGACAUGCGACGACGCGACCCGAAGACCCUCGAGUUGGAUUACCCCCACGAGCAUAACAUAUUCCUUGGAACUUCUCCUCAUUUUCGGCUUCUGGAAGACAAGAUGAUGAAGUCCAAUCCCUUUGUCUUUGGUUGGCCGCUCCUGUUGAGCGACGGAAACGAACAUCUGGAGGGAACCCCGCUGCGCAUGGCUGCUUUUCGCACCAUUUACUCCAAGUCUUUGCUCAUGUUUCAUACACGACUUGAUUUGCAGGUGGAUCACCGCCUGGCACGUCUUGAGGAGGGUGAUGAAGAGGAAAUUUUAUUAGAGGUUCCUGUUUUCUGCACUGUUAAUUACCCACAGAAUACCCGUCUUUGUGGCGGCAGGCCGCUUGUGCAGCGCUUCAACGACGUCAUGGGCACUUCAUACCCGUUUGACACGCCUGUUGACGUUCUUGCCGCGCUGGCGAAGGAGACCACCACAAAGGGAGUACGGGAACUUCUGGAGGAGCUUAAGUUCUUAACGGUGGCGUCCACUCGGGCCCCGGAAGUGGAACGUGUGAUUCGCAUCUCUGAAGAUCAGCUGAGCUCAAAUCGCAUUCUUGGCCAGUUGGCGUACACCAUCAUUUAUCUUGCUCUGCUGAGCUAUGAGCGCUUCGUCGAGGAUGUUUUCGAGGUAUACAAGGGACACAAGAGUGACUUGGUGCGGGUGGCGUGCGCCAAAGGUGCAGGCAUUGUGGAGCGCCCAGACCUUAUCGAGCAGCUUGUUGCCGCGGAACCGGAGGGAAGCCGAUGCAGAAAAAUGCUGCAGGCAUCCAUGCAUGGACCGCCGACGACAGCGCGCGCAUAA